AUGCACGCAUUCACUUCUAGACGAAAGCAAUCUCAGCGGAAGAGAUCGCGGCCCUUUGGCAAAUUGUCCAUCAACACUCAGUGCACAAGUCCUGCCAAGACCUUCCCAUACGAGUCCCGCGUGCAGGAGUUGAGCUUCGUCAGCUUCGAGGAGUCCAAGGCCCGCAAGAAAGCACAUGCUCCUGUGCAGGAUGAGACGGCUGCGGGAGCCAAAAGCGUGGCUUUUGGUCACGGUGCUCUCAAGAGAGGCACCGUCCAUGGUCAUGUUCGCACCGGAACUCUGGAGUUUGUAGAGUCUGACUCUGGUCCCCAGCACGCUCAAGACAUGCUAAAGCUACCAUCAAACACGCGCAUAAACGGUCUUUGCUCUUCAUGUCUUGACAUUUCACCAUCGGACCGUGCAAUCACCAUCGGCUGCGCCUUCUCGCCAUCAACGGUGUCAAACUACACCAGAAGUCCCAACUCCGCGACAUCAGCUGCCCGCUCGCCGCCCACCAUCGUAGUGACGCCAGCGAAAAACAAUUUCUCUCCGUCAGACCUGCCACACAACUACAGGGCUCAUUCGGGGUACCGUCCCGMAUCGAGUGUCUAUUCGAGAUACACAAACUGCGCUUCCCGGAUAGUCGACCAAAGGGCGCCUCCUGUCCCGCCGCUCCCUCUAUUCAUCAACACAAGCAGUGACUACCAACACCUACGGUUGUCUACAGGGACGACUUUCGAAGAGGAUCUCACGCCUGAGCGUAGCGAUAGCGCUGCACGUAGUACUCGCCUGGCCCAGCCUUUGACGGCUGGUCUACCAACACCCAGGAGGAGUAAAGGAUGGUGGAAUGUCAUCACCUCUCCCUUCUCCGCACGUUCCGGUCAUGGCUCGUUUUGGAGGUCGCCCUCGCCGACCGACGACCGCAUUCCUGUUCUUGAUGAUGCCGAGAUGAUGGCUGGCUCGAAUCCUCAUGCGGGCGUGAUCUUUACAGUACGUUCCUCGGAUGACAGAGCUUUGCGCACCGCCCCUGUCUCCGGACCACAUUCUAUGCCCUAUGAUGACUUCAGGCCCCUGCCAUCGCGGUCCGAGACAGCACCAGGCGCUCUAGAUGCCAAUUCCUCGUCUGUGAACAUCUACAGAAUUCCCAGCCAAGGUGAGGCCGCGGCUUAUUAUGAUCCCAGCCAAAAUUUCACAGGGCUUCGUCCUGAACCGAAUUCGUUCAGCGAGUCACCCGAGGACGAUCUGCGGGGUUGGAGCCCUUCGAACAGUGUGUUCAAGACAGAACUCUACAGGGAAUCGUUGGCUGAACACCAGCAUGACAACGACAGUGAUGGAAUCGUGGCGGGUAUCGUUCAGGAUUCAGCUCUGACAGAGACCACGGCCAAAGUUACUCGCGCAGAGGACCCGGCUCGGGAGAAGUCAGGGCCACAUGCGAUACAGUUCUCAACACCAUCCGAGGACGAGCUCAAAGGCGCUGAAAUUCCCAAACCGCAGAGCAAUCGCAGCUUCACACAGACCACUGGAUUCUCAAUGAUGUCGCCUAUGUCAGCAACGCCUGUCCUUCAAGACGCGCACUUGGCAAGGUUCGUCGGACCUCAAUCAUCCUUUGGCGAGCAAAAGACUGUGGACGUUGAGCGCACUCCGCUUCCUACAGGCCCUCCCGUGGUAGGUGCGAUCAUGGCCCAUAAUGAAGACUACCGGGGCGAGUGGUCAAUCUUGCUCUCAGAGAAGACAAUUGCGCAAGUGAAGCACACCAGGGAGAACUCUUACGGCUUAGGCAUUUCCGAUGGCGAGCGUGAGCUUUAUCCCGAAUCAGCCUACAUCUCCGAGAAGCACCAUUCAUACACCGAGCAACGCGUCGCCCCUCGCGUUGAAAAGCAGAAGUCAUCACGUCCUUGGUACCGCCGAUUCUUCUGGUUCCUCGUCGCAGUCGCAUCCGCAAUACUCCUGCUCUUAGUCGUUCUCCUGGCGGUUUUGAUCCCACGCAAGCACAACGUCGAAACGGCUGUCGAAGCUUCUUGGUACAAUACGACAGGAUUCCCUGCUCUCAGCAUUGGUGUCAUGACAGUGAUACAACCGAAUAUGACGCAGAUGCGGAGCUCUUGCGUCGCGCCUCCAGAUCUUUGGACGUGUGGGGUUCCAGGUCUGGAAGAGACAAGUCUACCCAACUUCAGGCUUGAGAUCAUGUUCCGCGAUGGGCUGGUGCCUAAAAACGAGACAGCAAGGAAAGCUGCGGAGACACGUCGACUUGCGCGAAAGAGUCUCUUCUCGUCAUCAGCUUUGUCGCCUUCGGAAGGGGACCGGCUUUUCAUGGGACGUACAACCGACAACYCCAGCGCGCCUUACAACGGAGAAGAGACACCAUUCGACAUCUCAUUACUUAAUGCAGCUGCACUACAAACUGCUUCAUCUCUUCAAAAGCGAGACGGUAACUAUACCUAUCCGUAUCCAAGCCCAGAAACCAAAUCGUCGAACGCAUCCACCAACGCCGCUGUCGACAUACCUUCUCCAAACACAAUGGGAAACGGCCAGCCGGCCGAUGAAGUUCUGUACCCGCAAGUCACCGCCCAACCACUCCGCCUCUUCAAUCGCGGGGCUGACACCGAACACUACGGCUUCUACACAUACUUCGAUCGCUCCAUGUACCUCUCCGGAAGUCCCGUUUCGUCUACGGCAAACAGCACAGACAUCACCAGCAACGUACCGCUAGCCAACGCAUCUGCCGUUUGCACAUUCUCUCAGACCCGAUUACUGGUACAGAUAUGGACCAGGAGAGGCGCUGUAAAUCCCCUUUCGACAUCAUCAAGCUCCACGCCGGGUGCGGGAGAUUCAACGGCCAAUGACAUGUCUGCGCCUGGCUCUUUCCCUUACCCUGUGACUUUUAAGCUGGAUCGACAUGGUGGCGUCUCCGAUAAGAAGGGGGUCUACUGCUAUGGGAUCGACAAUUCCAAAGUCAUCAGCAAUGGGAAAUUGUGGAUUGAAGAGGAUCGAGCGGCUGGCGGCUCUGUCUCGAUCAAUCCCGCGCAGAUUCCGGGGAGUAACUCUACUACCGUACACAAAGGAGACGAGAGUAGCGACACAGGUAUUGACGGCGGUAAUGGAGGAUGUAGCUGCCAAUGGCAAAGUUGGUCGUGA